AUGAAGUGCGCGGGCGGGCGGAUGGGUGGUGGCGAUGCGGAUGCAGUCUGCCGCGUCGAGCGCGCCCGCCGUGUGUUCAAUCGCCUCCACAUCCAGCCGCAAGGGACGACUCAACAGUUCAAUUCCUCUUUCAUGGAGCCACAAGGUAUUCCUCAACAGUUCAAUUUCAGUUCCCUUGUCUUCCAGCCACACACUACGACUCAACUGAUGACACAAGAGGCUACUCUGUUCGCUCGGCGUGUUUACGUUGGUGGCCUUCCUCCCUCUGCUAACGAACAGACAAUUGGAGUAUUCUUUAAUCAAGUCAUGGCUGUUAUUGGAGGAAACACUGCUGGUCCCGGUGAUGCUGUCUGUAGCGUCUGCAUGAACCAUGAACAAAGAUUUGCUUUAGUGGAAUUCAGACUGGCUGAGGAAGCAAGCAAUGCAAUGGCUCUGGAUGGCAUUUUGUUUGAAGGGGUGCCAGUGAAGGUUAGAAGGCCAACAGACUACAACCUUUCCCUGGCAGCAGGCUUGGGCCUGAGCCAGCCAAGCCGAAAACUGAAUCUUGCUGCAGUUGGACUAACAGCAGGAUCAGACGGAGGAGGGUUAGAAGAUCCUGACCGUAUUUUUGUGGGUGGCCUUCCCUAUUUCUACUCUGAAGCUCAAGUCCGGGAGUUGCUUGAAUCCUUUGGGCCUCUUCGAGGACGAGCAAACGAGAGUGCAUCUCAGCCCAGACCAGAACAGCUAAGUAUCCUAUUGAAGGCCCAGCGACAGGUGCAAAUGCAGAAACUUGCCAAUCCAGUUGGAGCGGCCCCUACAAAGGUGGUUUGCCUCGUCCAGGUGGUCAGUGCAGAUGAAUUGAAAGAUGAUGAAGCGUAUGAGGACAUCAAGGACGACAUGAGGCAAGAAGCAUGCAGAUAUGGUAAUCUGGUGAAAGUUGUGAUAGCACGUCCUGACCCCAGCGGACACCCGGUCACUGGAGUCGGAAAGGUGUUCUUGGAAUAUGCAGACGUCUACAGUGCCACCAGAGCAAAGAUGUCCUUGCAUGGAAGGAAAUUUGAUGGGAAGCCAGUGGUGGCCAGCUACUAUCCUGAGAUUAAGUUUGCCAAUUUGGAUUUCGAUGGAUAA